AUGGGCGCUGACGAUUUUCUGCAUCUCGAAAAACCACCGACUGGCCACCAUGUCGAGGAUGGCUCAUCUCUUGGUCUCUCCGUGCCUCCGUUUCUGGCAGCAGGAUUAACCCUCAGCCUCGUCCUUCUAGGCAUAGUGGCGUACUUCAGCUACAGGUGGUUGGUACAGAGGCUUCAAUCCUCCACCAAACCAGCAACUAGCAACUCAGCUGACCCAGAACAGACUGCAUCUGGUAGUCACCAAGCACAACAGUCGCCGACUAACAGUGAAUGUAAAAUAUCGACAGAGGAAACUCAGCAGCAAGAAUCCUUUCAAGGGUCAGAGGGAAAUGAGCCCCUUAAGUCGCCUACAGGAAGCACUACUCCUUCAGUAAAAAUAAGCCACAGUCUCCCAGAUAUCAAAGAAGAAAUUGCCAAAGAAUGGACAGAAGUCAACAGGAAAGUCGCGCCACCGAGGCAGACGACACUUCCGACUGUUCCAACAAGACAUCAGACGUUCCAAAGGCAACUGUCACACAGGCUGGAUUUGUCGGAUGUUCCUUUCGAAGUGUGCAACAUUCCACAACGAGAAAGUCAAGCGAUAGGCCGCAUUCGUCCCGAGCUGUAUCAAGCAGAGAUGAUGAGGCAGUGGUCGUCUGACAGCGGAGCAGACCUUUUAGGCGAAGGCAGCGAACAAGGCGCUGCAUGUGGAAAAUUGCAAUUCUCCUUGCGAUACGACCACGACGUCGAAGGCUUAGUCGUGAGGGUACUUCAAGCACAUGACUUACCAGCCAAAGAUUUCUCUGGAACUUCUGAUCCAUACAUCAAAAUAUACCUUUUGCCUGACAGGAAGAAAAAAUUUCAAACACGAGUACACCGUAGAAAUCUGAACCCAGUCUUCAACGAGACAUUUGUGUUUGGCGUGCCAUAUGAACAACUUCGUUCCAGAACACUCCAAUUCUCAGUUUAUGAUUUCGAUCGCUUUUCAAGGCAUGAUCUGAUUGGUCAAGUCCUAGUUAGAGGACUAACAGAGCUUUGCGACAUCGGACAUGAUGUUGAACAUACAAUGGACAUUCUCGGAGUUCCACAGGAAAAAGUGGACUUGGGAGAGGUGAUGCUUUCCUUAUGCUACCUACCAACAGCAGGCAGACUCACAGUAACCAUAAUUAAAGCAAGAAAUCUUAAAGUUAUGGACAUCACUGGUUCUUCAGAUCCGUAUGUGAAGGUCUCUCUUAUGUGCCAAGGGAAACGAGUUAAGAAGAAGAAGACAUCUGUGAAAAAGAGUACGUUGAAUCCAGUGUACAAUGAAGCCUUGGUGUUCGAUGUGCCCGCUGAGAAUAUUGAGGAUGUCACCCUCGUCGUGAAAGUGAUUGAUUAUGACAGAGUGGGAGCAAACGAAGUAAUGGGCUACUGUGCCAUUGGUAGCAGCUGUAUAGGCCUUGGUCGCGACCACUGGAUAGAAAUGCUGGACAACCCCAGGAAACCUGUAGCGCAAUGGUACACUCUGCAAGAGACCCUGUCCGGCUUAACAGUCGACACAACAACAACGGCCAAAUCGUCACCCAUUAAAUGCAUCAGUAUGAGAUGACUGUAAACAGCGCUGCCUUCUGGUGGUGGAAGGAUCUGUUGAUGCAACCAAAACGCCUUUGACAGGGCUUGUGCCUCUCUUGCCAAAUUUGAAGGAUUCCCCCAUGGUUUAGACGGUGAUUUUCGAGAUUGGA